AUGGAAAAGAAGCUGCGCAAGCGCGUGCCGUUGUCAUGUCUCAACUGCAAAAAGCGCAAGGUGCGCUGCGACAAGAAGAAGCCAUGUACUGGAUGUGUCAAGAACAACGUGGCUCAUCUCUGUGUCUAUGUGGAGCCUUCGUGGGUAGAUCCCAGGAUGAAGGUUGCAGCGAGUGGUGAAGUGGUCGUCUUGCCCGUUGAAGAGCUGAAAGAGUACCAGGAGCUUCGAAAAUCAUUGGAAGAGAAGGAGCGUGAGGUUAGUCAACUCGAAGCCCGAUUGGAACGAGCGCUUCCUCUGCUUCCUCCCCCACAAAAGGAGAUGCUCCCAACAGGGGAAAAUUUUACGGUUUCAAUCCUAAGCAAACUUCGCGUGAGUGGGUCAGGGGAGCCAAGGGUUGCAAACGAUCUGUUUUACACUAUGAGUGGGUUUCGUCGAAAGAGAGCGUUGGCCACGAGCACGGCGCCUAGCUUGUACCUGUGGCUCAACACCAUCAAGCUUGAUCCUCAACUCACUGCUCUUUGGUAUAAGAUCACGAAUUUGCAGAAAUCGUACCAUCUCUACAAGAAGGGGCUCCUAAAUGAAAGACGUGCGGAAUCGCCUAGUUGUGGCCAUUCACAGUGUCCUGUGGUGGCAUGUGAGUUUAACAUGAUGGUAGAGGAUGCCAGCAGGCCCGGCACUCCUAUGAGCUCGUCGGUAAGCGUAAAGAGUGAGUCUACCGAUGAAACUGAGAAACUUUUCAAACGUUUCAAUGGUGGUGCAGUUGAUUUGCUCACGCAGCUCCAGAAAAUGUGGCUGGAAAUCUGCAACUAUGGUCGUGGCAACGAAAAGUUGACCUACGCACAGCUUAUGUUUUUGGUGAAGUUUUAUCUUAGUUCACACAUACCAACAUGUGAAAUGGAAUCACGCACCAUUUUUCGCUUUUUUGGGGCUGAAAUCAUGGGCUUGAUCCAUCAAGAUGGUGAUGAAGCCCGUUUAGACAUUGCUGUUUUUCUGCCAAAGAUGAGUGACUCGGAGGUAUACAAUGAGUUACGCUUGAAGGGUGUGUAUCUUUCAAUGUUGGGGUUGAUAGUUGAAGAGGCUCUUGAUUUUUUGCGUAUGCGGAGUGGUAUAAACGACUCCAUCACUCGCGAUUUUCAUGAAAUGUUCCCAUUAGAGGCUUUACAUCAAGGCUUGGGACAUAAACGAAGUUUUGUUUUGAAUUCGGUGUGUCUGUUUGCAUCUGCCACACCGUACGAAAUGAACAAUCUGUUGUGUUUUAUCUCUUUGCGUGUGGCGAUUCUAAACAGGCUACUAUUACUUUACAAACGAGAAAAUGUGGCUAUCGACGUCCGUACUUCCUUUUCUAAUCAGCUUCUUGCAGUGUUGGAACUUUUGUAUGAUGACGGAAACACAUUGGAGAUAUGGACUGAUCCCGCGAUUGUUCAAUUCCUUAGUGCAGAAUCAACACCACAACGGCAAUUUGAAUUGAAUAUUCUCUUGUGUCAGCUCUGGUGUGAUCUCUUGCGCAUUAUAAAUAUCGUCACUUUUGGCCUUGUGCCCAUUGUGAAGCAUACGGACCGCUUGAAUCGUCUCGUGGACUUUUUUCUACUAUGCAUAGGCGAAGCGGAACCAUAUCGUUCCCAUACGAGCUUUCUAGAGCAAUGUCAAAGCCAAGAACUGCCCGAUCACAUUCAGAACCUAAUAACUUCGACAAAAAAUUUCUAUUUAAUUGCAAAAGCGUCGCUAUUGUUACGCUCUGGGAUUAUGGGAGUUUUCCACCGAAUUACUAUAGGUGAUUUGACUAAUCUUGUGGCAGAUGUAUCAAAUGCCAGCGAGGAGUUAGGUCUUACAAAACUCAAAAUGACACACUACUUUGAGAUCAAAGUAAUCCUUAACCAUUUGCUGCUUUUCUUUACAUUCCUCACUUGCUUACAAUGUGAGGAGAAGGGAGACAUUGAUACAGUUGGCAAGCUCAUACCUAUUCUUUUCUCGAAAUGUGUUGACAUAAAUAAAUUUCUUCAGAGCAGCAUCAUUCAGUUUUCCAAGGUUACCUACUCAAAGUACGUUUUGGCGGCAAUUAGUGAAACAAUUUCGCUGUUCAGUCAUAUAAUUGCUGGGCUACUCAUACGUUUUGUAGCCGAAAAUAACGGCGACCAUGGUACAUCCUCUCCAACCCCAAAUCCAGCAUUUCUCAUUUACGCCUUGCAACUCGAGAGAGAUUCCCCGAUUGUUAUUCCGGUUUCAACAAAAGAAAUGGUGAUACAAGAGACAUAUCAGACUGUUAACCUUAUUGAAACGAGCUUGGGAAAAGAAAGUCAAAUUCGUGCGACGAAGAUAUGGAGGUUUUAUAUGACGUUUAUCAGAAACUCUCAUAAAAUGAACCCUGCAGCAUAUGCAAAGCUUCACGAGAGAGCUUUUGGUUCAGAGCGUCUCAUUGAUGCUUGUCCUGUCAUGUCAAAUCCUUCGAAGUCCUAUCCAAUCUCUUCGGUUCGAUUGGAACAAGGCUCUUGUCCCGUACUUCAUCCAGCAUCACCAGUUCCCAUGGUUCCCAAGUCAUUGAGUCAUCGAAAUUCCUCCUCAAUUUCAGGUACAAUCUCAGUAUGUCCCGUUUCACUGAGCAGCUCUGUAUUGCAGUCACAGCCAUCAGACCUGGAGUCUCAGAAGCGACUGUGUCCUUUCAAUCAUGAGGCACUCAGAAACGCCAACAGCCAUACUUUUCAAGAAAGUAAAAUGAGACAGUCUGUCUCGAAGGAGGAAGCCGAAGACGGUUGUCCUUUCUCCAAAAGAUCCCGACCUGCUACUAUGCCUCUGCUCCGAACACUUUCUUCCUCGAAUUUGGCGACGCCAGUCCAGAAUAAUCCUUUGAGUCCUACAAACCUUGACUUAAUCGAUUGGGACACCCUCCCCAAUUUCAAUUUCGACCUAGCUAGUGAUGAAAACUUGUCUCUCCAAAUUAACAAUGAUUCCCGAGGAAACUUGAUCGAGAAUAUGUUUCAAUAG